GUAAAAGUUAGUUGCAUCAGGGCAAUUGAGCUGCAGUCGCCGCAGAAAAAGAGCCUCUGUGUAUUUUAUCGGAGUCAACCUAUGCACAGUAGACGGAUGCUUUUUUCUUGAGCGUUAGGAAACAACUCUAUUCAUUAUCUCACAUACAGCAAAGGUGAACUUUUAGUAGUAAGGUAUUUCUCCGGUGUUCAUCAACAUGCCAAGAAUUUGGAGAGGUCCCUUAAAAGGUCAUUUAAAAUUUGCCAUUUUUCUUGCUUGUUCUCUCUUUCUCUAUUGGGUGUUAGUACCUAAACAUUUUUUGACACAAUUUAACGCAAGCAAAGUUAACAAUGGUGCAUCGCAAACGACAGACGCAGUGUGGAAGCCUGUGCUGGGAGCAAAGAAUAUAUUCAUGGUAUAUUCAGCGUAUUUGGAAAGCAGAGCUCUGGUUGAUGAAAUUGUGGAAAUCAAAACACCUUUCAUCAGGAUAAUUGGAGUUGGCAGAUUGACCACGGUAAAACGUCGACUGACUAUUGACGAAAAGGCUUACUGCUUGUAUUGGUUUGAUAAGAGCACGGCAGAAGAGCCACUUGUUGUUGAAGCGGAGUUUGCUCCUCUCCUCGAAAAUUGGAAUUUGAAUUUCUCUGCUUGCUAUAUUUUGUGUCCUUUGAAUGGCUCUCCCAAUAUACCUACCAGCGUUUCUAUUUAUUCAAAAGAAGUCAUUCAGCCAUUUUUAAUAAAUGGCGAUAUAGAGCUCUUAGCUGAUGCGGGAAACAAAAUUCUAAUUCACACACAGUCGGAAGACAAAAAUUUGAAAAAGUCUGAUAUGGCAGUGUGCGUAAAUCCAUUUUACAAACAAUACAGUAGAGCGUGGGACCUGGUUGAAUGGAUAGAGAUGAAUAAAAUUUUGGGAUUCGGUCACUUCUACUUUUACAACCAUACACUUUCGAACAAUGUAAGCUGCACAUUGGAAGAAUAUAUGAAAGAAGGAACCGUUAUUAUGCACGAUUGGAAAAAUCUUCCAUAUAUAUUAUUGAAGGGAGAAGGAAACAGAGUUGGAAACAUUUUUGCAGCGGCUAACGAUUGCCUUUACCGCUCAAUGUAUUAUCAUAAGUAUGUUGGAUUUUUCGACGUUGAUGAAUUUUUGGUACCAGCGAAAAACGCACACGUGUUGGAAAUCAUGGAUACAUCUUUCAAAAAUGACCCAAAACAGGCCGUUUCAAUUUUUAAAAACACGUUUUUCUUCUUGGAAUGGCCCAACGAUCCCAAAUACAAGGGACUCGACUUAAUAACUCAGAAAAAGACAAAAAGACUGAAAAUUUUUGACAAUCCCAGGGCAAGAUCUAAAUACAUUACCAAGCCAACUCUAGUCACUGAAGUUGGAAGUCACUUUGUUUGGAGAACAACGGAUAAACAAUACGUUCAAAAUGCUCUAAAUGAGAGCGACGCUUACAGUCGCCACUACAGAAUUUGCGAGUUUCCUGAACAUGUGUGCAAAUCCCAUCCAACCGCUGCGAUUGAUCAAGGGAUGUGGAGGUUCAAAAUUCAACUCACUAAAAGAAUGGAAGAAGCCCAAAAAAAAUUCGGAGCUAAAUGCAAUUUAGCACCUAUCAAAAAAAUAUAACUUAAAUAAAUUGGAGUAGGGUCUUCAAAACUGCAUAAGUUUGAUGAGUUUUUAUGAUUUAUUUUUAUCAACUCCACAAAUUUAGAUCAAUUUUGCAUUAUUAUAUUAUUAUUAUGUAUGUAUUUAAAACCAAUUAAAUGACGGAGCUGUGUUUCAAUAGAAACUAAUGCUUCUAGGUUUGCAACAAGAGGCGUGAAAUUAAAAUGCAAAACCAUGGAAAGCGAAGUGCCGGUGCCGGCAGUAAUUAUUUCCGCCGCGUUGUCUCUGCACAAAUGACUAAUGAGGCUGAAAUAUUCGCAAGAGGCGAUGUCCCGGACAAAUGCUUAGCGAACCAACACACUAUUAUCAAAACGUUGCGCAAGAAUUUGCAUAACAGUAUUAUUAGCCGCCUUUAAAUCGACAGGAGUUCACCGAUUCUUUGUGUUGCAUAAUCAACGAGAGAUUUAUUUGACCCUUUGCCCGGAUGUCCCUUUCUGCAGGAAGAAAGUUGCGCUGCUGGAGCGCGUGGAGAAAGUGAUGACACUCCUGCACGGCUCUCUUUGCUUGAGAUGCACUCUGACCACGGGACAAUAUUGCCUCGGAUUGACAUAUCGACCUAAAAAAGGAGUGCGAAAACCUUGUUUAGAGGCGGCAGAGAAUUUUUAUUAUGUUGGUCUGGAUCGCCCAAGGAGCAGCACAUUUCAGCUCGGUUCUAUGACACGCCAUCAAAAUUGCCGACUUCCGUUUAUGCUAAUCAGUUAAUCACCUAUUUAUACCUGAAACUUUUAUGCAAAACCGUCGUUUUCUCCUUUUUGAAUAUAGCGGUUGCUUCAUUUUAUUGUCAUAAAGACAACCGCAUCCGUUGCUUUAUA